UUCUAGCGGAUGGCGAAACGAGAUGGUUCAAGGUACAAGCUGUUUUCACUAAAACCAGCCUUUUCUGGUUGAGUCUGCCUCAGAGUUCUACGUCGGCUUUUGACCAGUUGUUCGUCCAUAAGUUGUGUUUGCUACCAAGGAGAGUGUGACAGGUGUGUGUGUGUUUUCUUCUGACAGGAUGGCAGAGCCACAGAGAGCAGGAGAGCUGCCUGAAGAUGUAGACAUGGACGAGUGCAUGACAUCGUACACAUACGUCUACAGUCCAGAUUUACUAAAGGAUCAGGUUGCUUUUAUCACAGGUGGUGGAUCAGGGAUCGGGCUCCGUAUAGCUGAAGUCCUCAUGAGGCAUGGCUGUGACACAGCGAUUGCAAGCAGGAACAUAGACAAGCUCAGAGAGGCAGCUACAAAGCUGUCGGCUGCGACAGGACGCCGCUGCCUCCCUUUGUGUAUGGACGUGAGGCAGCCUGAAACCAUCACUGCGGCUGUGGAGGAGACACUGAGAGAGCUGUGCCGCAUAGACAUCCUCGUCAACAACGCUGCUGGGAACUUCCUCUGUCCCGCUACGGCCCUCUCCUUUAACGCCUUCAAGACUGUCAUGGAGAUCGACACCAUGGGCACAUUCAACACCAGCAAGGUGGUUUAUGAAAAAUGGUUCAAGGAUCAUGGUGGCAACAUUGUGAACAUCUCUGCAACGCUUGGCUACAGGGGGCAGGGCCUGCAGGUGCACGCUGGCUCUGCCAAGGCUGCAAAUGAUGCUAUGACCAGGCACCUGGCAGUGGAGUGGGGGCCCAGCGGGGUGAGGGUCAACACUUUGGCUCCUGGCCCCAUCUCUGGCACAGAGGGCUUCCGCAGACUGGGUGGACCGAGAGGCGAGGCUGCCGGUGCGUUCCAGUCCAUCCCUUUACAGCGAGCGGGCAACAAGACUGAGAUGGCCCACGCUGUUCUGUUCUUAGCCAGCCGGGCCUCCUCCUACGUGACUGGAGCCAUCCUGGUGGCGGACGGCGGGGCAUGGCUGACCUCGGCCAAUGACGUCUCUAAGAUGUUGGGCUAUUGGUCAUCUGAAAAGAAAAGGGACAAGUAAACCUUGAAAAUCAAAAUGAAAAUUAGGAGCCAUCUGUAACACAGAUAUGCUGUUUCUUAGAUCUUAAACCUGCUGCCUUACAGGUUUAAGAACAAGGGUCUGGACAAGUUGAACACUAAUGCACUUACUACCUUGCCGAAAAUAUCUGAAUAUUAAAGGUGUUCAGAGACCUGGUGAUGGACCAAAUUAUGCAUGGAGUCAUGGAUAAAGUCAUCCUUGAAAAACACUUUCAUUUGUCAUGUUGGAUUUCAGCUACAGCCAUGUUAAUCACCUGCUAUUUUUAUGUUAUAUUUUUCCUCAACCUCUGUAUCAAUAAAACCUUUUAUAAUUACA